AUGUCACAGCGCCAAAUUCUCCCGUACCCACCCCAAUUCACCUCUUCAGAGUCCUAUAUAAAAUCCUUGCUCACCUUCUCUCUCAAUCCACUCUUCCAAACCCUCUGCGGCGGUGUCCAUAUUCUCGACUUCUUCACACGCGACUCUCCCACCGCAGCCCCACCUUUAGGAACGGACUUGUACCAUACUAUCCUUCCCGUAGAAUGGAUAACCUACUUCACCACCAAAUCACUGGACGAAAUCUUGGAGCUAGUUUUACGCACAGAAAUUUCAGGUAUUGAAUCAAGCUGCCCGGAAACUUUAAGGGCCUUCAUAGCAGAUGUGAGGGCGCACUCGCUACAACGGGAGUUUAAGCGUAAAGAUAGAAAGCGCAAAGCGCUGCGAAAGAGUAUGGGCGCUGGGCGCAAAGACGGAGAAGAAUGGGCACUGAAUGCAGGGAUGAAGCCAAAGAAGAUACACGAGGUUGAAAAUUUUUCGGAAUUUGUGGAUGAUUUGGUGACGGAUAUCGCAAGGGAGAACCCGGGGGAUGGGAUCACACAUAUUCUGGAUUUUGGGUCUGGCCAGGCUUAUUUAUCGAGGACUCUGGCAAAGAAAUACAACCACCAUGUCGUGGGUAUCGAGUCGAGGACGGCAAAUAUCGAUGGUGCGAAAGAAAUGGAUGAGAGAUUCGAUAACUUAGCUAAGAAAAGAGAGAGAAAGAAGAAAGGGAAAGGAGACAAACAAGCGGAGCCCGGUUCUGAGGAGGGACCAAUCGAAGAAGAGGAAGCUAUCGGUUCUCUUCAGUAUAUUGAGAAACGCAUCGAGGACGGGAAUCUGAGUGAAGUUGUUCGUGAUAUUCAGGACUUGAGUAUUUCAGAAAAAACAGAGCCAGAAAUUAAUAAUGAGAGCUGCAAAAACGGAGGAUGCAGAUCUAUAGAUCACAGUCAAGCUCAGAUUAAGAUCGAAGGGACCCUAAAACAAGAUAAGGACAAGCGACUACUUUUAAUCUCUCUUCAUUCCUGUGGAAAUCUCGUUCAUCAUGCCCUUAAGGCUUUUAUCGCAACUCCUGAGGUAAAAGCUGUCGCUCUGAUAGGCUGUUGCUACAAUCUGAUGACCGAAAAGCUCGGCCCAACCUACAAACCUCCCUACCGUGACCUGCACCCCCGCCUGAUCAAAACCUCAACUUCUACCGAUCCUCACGGUUUUCCCCUCUCGACUCUCCUCACUGACAAUUCCAUCUCACUCAAUAUAACCGCACGAAUGAUGGCAUGUCAAGCGCCCCAGAAUUGGACUCAGGAAACUUCCUCUGCCUUUUUCACCCGCCAUUUUUUCCGCGCCCUCCUUCAGCGGAUUUUCGCAGACAAGGGGCUAAUUUCACCGGAUGGCGGUGAACCAGUCAUUAUUGGGUCGUUGAGGAAAAAGUGCUACGAGAAUUUUGUGUCGUAUGUGACUGGUGCGAUUUCGAAAUUAGGGUGGGAAGAGAAGGUCGAUAUUACCGCAGCGGAGAUCAAGGAAUACGAAGAAAGAUUUGGGGAUAGGAAGAAGGAUCUGAGUGUCUUAUGGUGCCUGAUGGCUUUUUGCGCGGGUGUGGUAGAAAGUCUGGUAGUCGUGGAUAGGUUUGCGUACCUUAGUGAAGCAAAGGAGAGGGGGGAGUUGAGGGAGUGUUGGGUAGAAGCUGGCUUUGAGUAUAGUGAGAGCCCGCGGAACUUAGUGGUUGUGGGUGUUAGGUAG